AUGGUGAACAUUACUAUACCUUUAUCAAUAUCAUUUAGGAGACUAUUGUUGGUCAAUCAACAACAGAGAUUGAAUCGUGUAAUAUCAUCAUCGACAUCGACAUCAUGUCUACAACAUAUCAAGUCAAUAACAACAACAACAACAUCAUCACAACUGUUAUGUAACAACUACAACAAUAACAGAGUUAUAAAUAGUAUAAGUAGUAGUGGCAGACAUUCAUAUUCAUCAUCAACAAGUAAUAAUGAAGACAAGGAUACAUCGACAACAACAAAGAAUCAACAACAGAACAAACAAGAGAAGGAGUCACAACAAGUGCCAAAGUACUUGGCAGUGUUUAGGAAUGUGCCAGAUGGAUCGGUAUCAUUGACAAGCAGUGCCUCAGAGAUGGCAGAGAACGGUGCAAAGUUGAUGAACAGUCCAACUUACUUUGAUCCUAACGUCGACAAGGCUGUGCCACGUCCUGUCAUCAACUUGGUCUUCUUCCCUCUCAACAGUCCAUUAAUCAUUCAUCCCUUCUCUGCCCUGAACCGCGGGCCCUCCCUCUACGACUACGCCUAUCAAUACAUCCCUGCACUAUUCAAUCGCUCCUUCCCAGAUUGGAUCGAUAUUGAUGACUUCAUGAAGCACUCACUCUUGUCAAUGUUCCGAGCAUUCGACUAUGCAUACUGCAAUGACAUGCAGAAGAUGAAGGAGAUUACGACAGAGAAUGGCAUGUACUCAAUGUUAUGGGUACGCGAUGUCUUCUACACUCACAAGAUUAUGGACUACCGUGUGGCAUUCACCAAGUGCAGAACAGGUUUUAUUGACAGCGAGGAAGACGAUGGCAUGUUAAAGGUCACCGUGCACUACUUGUUGAGCUUUGACCUCGAUGUCAAGGUGUCAAAGAAUGGCUCGUACCCAAUCGCCAACGACGGUGAAAGUACUGAGAGGAACAGCUCGGGCGUUGCCAACAUUUGCAUGAUCUGGACGACACCAUUGCCCAAGUCAAAGAAUGAGGAUGACCUAGACUGGAAGAUUGAAUGGGUGUACCCUGCACCGACCGACAUGUGA